UGCCUUUUCUAAGCUGUGUAACGCAGAAACGACCUUUUCUGUUCUUGAGCUACGAAAACAUUAUGGCGACUCGCAAAUGUCUGUAUAAUCUUAGCAAAGGAGUGGCUCUCUUUAAUAAAAUACAGCUUAAUGUCGCUGCAAGGCAUCUUCGCACGUUGUAUUGGUCGCCGGUAUACAGUGAAGAGCAAGCAAAAAGCGCUUCCCAAACACAUAACCGUGUGAAAUGCACUUUGAUUCCAGGUGACGGAGUCGGCCCCGAACUAUGCCAAUCGGUAAAAGAUGUAUUCCAAGCCAUUAGUGUUCCAGUUGAUUUCGAGGAAUUGUUUCUCAGCGAAGUUCAUCAAUCUAUGAGUGUUUCAGUGGAAGAAGUUAUUCAAUCACUGCAGAAAAAUGGCGUCGCCCUCAAAGGAACUUUACAGUCACCCUUCAGCACUCAUACAGGUGAGCUGCAAACACUCAACAUGAAACUUCGUAAAGAGCUGGAUCUAUUUGCCAAUGUUGUACACGUGCGUACGUUCCCUGGUGUCAAGACACGGCACAGCAAUCUCGAUUUUGUUAUCAUCCGUGAAUCAACAGAGGGUGAAUACAGUGCUUUGGAGCACGAAAGCAUCCCUGGUGUGAUUGAGUGCCUCAAGAUUGUCACUAAGGAAAAAUCGCAAAGGAUUGCCAAAUUUGCUUUCGACUAUGCUACAAAACGCGGCAGGAAGAAGGUAACGGCUGUCCACAAGGCAAAUAUUAUGAAACUGGGUGAUGGUUUAUUUCUCCGCUGUUGUGAAGAAGUCGCUGAGCUGUAUCCACAGAUUGAAUUCUCCAACAUGAUCAUUGAUAACACCUGCAUGCAACUCGUGGCUCAUCCUGAGCAAUUUGAUGUGAUGGUGAUGCCAAAUCUUUAUGGUAAUAUUAUUGAUAAUUUGGCAGCUGGCCUAGUUGGUGGUGCCGGUUUAGUUCCCGGUGCCAGCUACAGUUCUGACUGCGUCAUCCAUGAACCUGGUGCUCGUCACACUUUUGGUCAUGCAGUUGGAAAAAAUAUUGCUAACCCUACUGCAAUGCUGUUUUGUGCUGUCGGUAUGUUGCGUCAUGUGAAUUUGAUGUACUAUGCAAACUUGAUUGCAGAGGCUGUAGAAAAAGUUUUAAAAGAAGGAAAGAUACGAACCAGAGAUCUAGGUGGAUAUUCUAGUACAACCGAUUUCACACAGGCUGUUAUCGAACAUCUUCCUCAUUAGACUAUUUGAAAUAUGUAGAAUAGUCAUUGACAGCAUAGAAUAGUCACAGAUGAUCAUGUAAGAGUAUUUAGAUCAAAAAAUGGAAUUUUCAGAAAACUGUUGUUGCUGUUUGUUAGGAUAUUUUAUGAAGAAGAGUGAAAUAAUCUCUACCAUGAUCGAGAUACUGAGUGUGAUAAAAAAUAAUCUAGUCUCGUACCAAUACAUAAUGAGCUAGACAUUUUUGCAAAAAAAUUUAUGUGUUCUAUAUUUAUAGAUUAAAUCUAUCAUUAAAUGCAAGGUAGAAUUUUACCGUUAUUCUCCCAUUUACAUUUCCUAAACUUUCAUAAGUAUAUUUUUAAAUUGUAUAAAAGUUCUUAAGUCACUUUAAAAUUGCUGCUUCCAAAAAUUUACCUUUUAUUUUUUUUAAAGAAGGAAAUUCAAUUUGCAAUACUUUAACUGUACCUUUGGGGGAGGGAGGGAUUAUUUGUAUCAAACUUAUUUGUAUUGUACAAUUUUUUUCCUUCUGUAAUUUUAAUAAUACCAGUGAAACAUGCAAAUUCAAUAUCUGCUGCAUACUUUAAAAUAUAUUGCUUGUAGAUAAGUUGUGUUUGUAUAGCCUGAAAUUAAAUUAUUGAAUGCCUGUGA